AUGUUCAGUUUAGAAUAUAAUUAUUACUCCAAUUACGGGUUUCUGAUGCCCCACGGCUCAGUGAAGUCGCUGAUUUUAACAUUUUGCUUCAUCCUAGUUGUCAGUCGAAGUGGUGCGCAACGGUUACAGAUGAUUCCAAGUGUCGAGGAGCAGGUAGUCGAAGCAAACACCACGCUUACACUAACUUGUGUUUACAACUAUAACGAUGGUUUGGAGAACAGCAGCAUUUCAUGGAUGUUACCUGCCUAUCUGCAAAAUUUCCCAGAAAAAAGCGAAGCUAAUAGUCGUCUUCAAAUUACAUAUCAUGGGAACAGCACACACUUAGUAACAAUUAUGACGUUACAAGAAAUCGGGCCGAAAGAUUCGGGAAAAUACGGUUGUAUCGGAGAAGAUCGAAUCGAUCAACAUGUCUAUGUUUAUAGCGAAGGAAUUUUCAUCUUUAUGGACAACGGAGAAAAUGUCAAAGACUUCUAUUCCUCUAAACAAGGUGAUACUCUUCACAUCCCCUGCAAGCCCACCCAUCCAAACGUGAAAGUGUCUUUGAACCUUGUACGACAAUGGGCAAGCAAAGAAUGGGCAGACGACAUCUCAAAAGAUUUACUAUCCGUUCCGGAUUCAAACUGGUCGUUUAAUAGCGAUAUUGGACUGAUUCUACGCAAUACAAAGAUCAGUGAUUCUGGCUACUACCAAUGCGUUGGCACAAUGAAUGAUGUUUCUAAUUAUGAAAAUUUUAGGAUUAUCGUAAAAGGGAUGGAAUUGACCCGAAUUGGCGAUGCCGACGAUCCGCUAGAAGGAAGCAACGUCACGUUAAUUUGCCUCAUCCACACCGAUGGAGAGAUUAACAAUGAAAUGCGAAAGGGGUUCCCUUCACCACCUGAAUGGUACUACAGGAUAAACGAUACCGGCCCCAUGCAAGUUAUUAAUAAAACUAAUCCACCUAAAGGAAUUCAAACGAAGAAAGAAUACGAAGUAAAGUUGAUGCGGCAUCUCCAUGGCUUCUACGAAAGUCGCUUGGACCUGAUAGACGUGAAUAUUUUAAGUCCCUACACCAACUUUGAAUGCAAAUCAUCUAUUCAAAAAAGAAUAACAGAAUCCAAAACGAUUUCCUUUGGAAUCAAAGUUAGGUUAGAAGAAGGAAGAUCUAAAAAUUUAACCUGUAUCAUAGCAUCAAAAGAUAUUCAAAUCAAAUGGCUUAAGGAUGAUAAACCAUACACAGGUGAAAUCUAUUCUACUGCGAACAUUUCUAUCUUACCAUUGAAAGGAAUCAAGAAUGAAAUCGGUGUUUACGCUUGCCAAUGGAACAACAGUUUGGGACAAGUGGGUUUCAGGAAUUUUACCCUCUUUCUGUCUGACGAGACAUCUUCGGAAAUGGAAACCUAUUACACUACCAUAAUUACGUUUGCAGUCAUUCUGGCAGUCUUGCUUGCUCUAGGGAUCGGCAUCAGCGUUAAACUCUACUUCGAUUUGAAAAAACAAGUAUUUCCCGGAGCUAAAAAAUUACUCGAAGGAAAUGUCAAAGAAAUCAAUCCCCAAUUCUCAAUUGAAGAACAAACUGAGCUGCUUCCCUACGACAAAGCCUGGGAAUUUCCAAGAUGUCGUUUGACACUCGGAGUGCAGCUAGGAUCGGGCUGUUUCGGAAGAGUCGUUAAAGGAGAAGCGAUUGGGAUCAAAGGCUCGCGUGAAACUGUUAGAACGGUGGCUGUCAAAAUGGUAAGGUCACAAACAAAUGUCGCUGCGAUGGAAUCUCUCGUUAGCGAACUGAAAAUCCUCAUCCAUUUGGGAUCUCAUCUAAACGUUGUCAAUUUACUCGGAGCCUGUACCAAAAAAAUCACCAAAGGAGAGCUUUUGAUUAUUGUCGAGUAUUGCCGAUUCGGCAAUUUGCAAACGUACUUGAUGAAGCAUCGGAAUAGUUUCAUCAACCUGUUGGACGAGUUUGGGAACAUGAAACCGGAUAGCGAAACGGAGGAUCUACAAGCACCAAUUUUACCGGAUAUUUUCUCGUUUGAUAGAAAUUCAAUCGCUGACGAGAAUCCAGCCCAAUCACCGUUCUAUUCCACCACCGAUACAGAGGCACCAGAAUGGUGGAACUAUGGUCACCAGGAAGAACAGGCCACUGCCACAAACAAAGCAAUUUCCACCCGUGAUCUGAUUUCAUGGUCUUUCCAAAUUGCGCGGGGAAUGGACUACUUGGCUAGUAAAAAAGUUCUUCACGGUGAUUUGGCAGCUCGCAACGUUUUGUUGGCUGACGAAGGAGUUGUCAAAGUGGCUGACUUUGGAAUGGCCAAGAAAAUGUAUUACGAAGGCAACUACGAAAGGGCAGAGGGACUGAUGCCGGUAAAAUGGAUGGCUAUUGAAUCCCUCACUGCUCGUAUUUUCUCCAGCCAGUCGGACGUCUGGUCAUUUGGUGUUUUACUUUGGGAGCUCUUCACCUUAGGCGAAGUUCCAUACCCUGGAAUGGAUGUUGGUCAUUUACUUAUCAAAGAAAUCAAAAGUGGUUACCGUAUGGAGAAGCCAGAUAAUGCGCCGAAUUUCUUCGGAGUAAUUAUGGCAAACUGCUGGAAAACGGAGCCUAAUGAACGUCCAACGUUUCGCCAACUGGAGGAAAUGAUCAACAGUCACAUGGAGUCUUCUGUUAGCUGCCAUUAUUUAAAUUUAAGCCUUCCCUAUGGAAAAUUUAAUGAAGAAGAUACAGCGACUCCAACCGAUGUGUUUGGAAUAACAAAAUUGUUAAAGGGAUCGACACAUUCUUUGGCAAAAGACACCAAAUGA